UAAUCAGCGAAAGGAACCGAAGACGAGACAAGACGAGUAUAUAAUCUCGACAGUUUUUGACAAGAGGACAGUUUUUGGAGAGUCUUCGAAGAGUCUGAGGAGAUUCAUCGUCUAGGAAUAGCCGUCAGAAAGUCUGCAAAGCGCCUCCAGAAGAUCGAAAGUUUCGAAUCGAGAAGAUUGGGCCACUGACACCGAAUUUCACAAUCACAAGGAGGAAUGCUAAGGGGGAUAGAGAACAGGAAGAAAAAGAAAAGGAAAAGAAAAGAGAGAGAAGAAAAGAAGAAAAAUGAAAAGGAAAGAGAUCACUCAGGAGUCCUCUCCGCUGAUGGUUAUUGCAAGCCUUUCGAUGCUACCGGUACCGGUUAUAUGCGCAGUGAAACAAUCACAGUAGUGUACCUGCAGAAAGCAAAGAACGCGAAACGAAUUUAUGCUACUCUAAUCUACUCUAAAACUAAUUGCGAUGGUUGGAAGCCAGAGGGGAUUACGUUUCCUUCAUUGAGCAUACAAAAGGAAUUAUUGAAAGACUUUUAUGACGACUGCGGCAUCCCACCCGAAGAGCUGUACUACUUAGAGGCCCACGGCACUGGUACUUUAGCAGGAGAUCCGAUAGAAAUUAAUGCCAUUGAUCAGGUUUUAUGUUCAAAGAGAACUACUCCUUUGUUGGUGGGCUCGGUGAAGUCAAAUCUCGGGCAUUCGGAACCUGCUAGUGGUCUUUGUCAAAUAGCUAAAGUGUUGAUAGCGAUGGAUACUGGCAUUAUUCCACCAAACAUACAUUACGAAACACCGCGAAAGGAACUUACUCCUAUAAUUGAAGGUAGAAUAAAGGUCGUCACUGAACCUAUUUCAUGGAACGGCGGUUAUAUUAGCAUUAAUUCUUUCGGAUUCGGUGGUGCAAACUGUCAUAUAUUAAUGAAAUCAAAUCCCAAAAAUAAAAUCGACAUUGAAACAUCAGACCGCUUAUGUAGACUUGUAACGGUAUCUGGUCGUACGGAGGAGGCUGUUAAAACUCUAUUAGAUAAUGUGAAUAGCCGACAGCUAGAUGUGGAAUAUGUGGCUCUUCUGCAUAGCAUUCAUGCUGUAGAUAUUGAGGGCCAUCCGUAUAGAGGAUAUACCUUAGCCGGAUCUAAAGCUGCUUAUAACAAAAUAAGACAAGUUGAAAAAUACCCAUACCUAAAAAGACCAAUUUGCUUUUUGUUCUCGGGAACAGAAGUUGAAUGGCAUAACGUAGAACUGAUGAAACUACCUGUGUUUGCCAAGGCAAUUGAGAAAUGUAAUGAGACAUUAAAGCAGCAUGAUAUAUGCGUCACGGAUAUUAUAAUGAACGAAAACGAAACUACUUGCAACAGCAUAAUAAAAUCAUGCGUCGCAACCAUUGCCACACAGAUUGGAAUAGUGGAUCUCUUAACACACGUUGGUGUCCUGUCCGAUUAUACGAUAGGUCACUCCAUUGGUGAACUUAUCUGCGAAUACGUUGAUGGACGUUUUACUACCGAGGAAACAAUUUUGGCGGCGUAUUACAUAGGCACAGCAUACGAGCAGGCCAAGUUGCAGGUCGACGACAUUACUGAGAGUCGAUCCGAGUACCUUGGCAUUGUUAGGUCAAAACUGUUGGAACAUUUCAGCCAGAUAUUACCAUCGCAACCUUCAAAACGCCACAGUGUAACACAAUCGGGCAGGCCACGAAGUGAACGCGACAUGUUCGAGACUACUGCAGAAUAUUACGCGGAUAGUAUACUGUAUCCAAUAUUAUCAAAAAAAAUGGCAGCUUUGUUACCGAAAGAUACGAUACUCGUCGACAUAUUACCGACAAUGCCGCAAAAUGAUUUUCAGUUGAUCAUAGCAAAUUCGCUGGAGUCAACGAUGACGUUGAUUUCUCUGUAUAAACGCGGCCAGAAGCAUACCAUACAAGACUUUUUAGAAGGAAUCGGAGAUCUUUAUAAUGUAGGACUUCAGCCACAGGUUGCACGUUUGUAUCCGCCAGUUCAAUUUCCUGUUAGUCGCGGAACACCAAUGAUAUCUCCUCUCAUUAGAUGGGAUCACUCUGAGGAUUAUUACUUAUACCUUUAUAAAGGCGAAAAUAGAAAUUUCGACAAGGAAAGAGUCAUCACUAUUAAAACCAGUGACGAAGACUUUGAAUACAUGUCUGGUCACAUAAUCGAUGGGAGAAAUUUGUUACCGGCUAUGGGUUACCUUUACGAAAUUUGGAAUACAAUUGGCUUGUUGAAAGGCAUUGAUCAUAGGAGUAUACCGAUUGUAUUUGAAAAUGUUAAGUUCCUACGUGCUACUCACCUAUCGAAAAAAGACGAAGUGGAAUUAACUCUUGUGAUCCAAGGAUGUAGUAAUAAUUUCGAGAUUAUAGAGGGAGGCAAUGUGAUCGUCAGUGGAGUUGUGAGGGUGCCUGAUGAUGUUGCGAAUGAGAAAAUACCUGUCCAGUUCCUAUCUAAGGAUGACAAUGCUGAGGAAUACAGGAACACUUCAGAUAUUUACAAGGAACUACGACUUCGGGGCUAUCAGUAUAGAGACUUGUUCCGCUCAUUGAAGAGCGCCUCAAUUAAUGGGAGCGUAGGGCAUAUCAAGUGGUCGACGAAAUGGGUGUCGUUUAUGGACAAUAUGUUACAAAUGAAAAUUCUGUCGCUCGACUCGAGAAAUCUUUACGUACCGACUCAAAUUCGCAAAUUAGUAAUCGAUCCCGAAUAUCAUAUGACACUGAUACGCAAACUCUUAGUGGAGGAAAGAUAUGUACCCGUACGCGUUUAUGAUUCUUUCGAAGCUAUUGUAUCCGGAGGAAUAGAAAUUUGUGGACUAAAGUCCAUGGUCAUAUCCCGCCGGCCAGCACAAGUUGAACCUGUACACGAGGAAUACAAGUUCAUUGCUUACCGCGAUCAUACCACGAUCUCCUUGGAAGAUGCAGUGCAAUUAUCGGUACAUAUCGCUCUUGAAUAUUACGAUUUGAAAAACGUCAAAGUGGUUGAGAUCGUUGAGGACGACGACAAGAUUCUGCUGGAGGAUUUAGUUACUCCAAUCGUUCACAUGGUUCUAAGCAACUUGCCGUUAGUGCGACCUAAUCUCACCUUAAUUGCAAAGGAGAACCGAUUUGACAGCUCCUCCUUACCUCAAGGUCUAUCAGUCAUACAGCCUCACAAAAUAUUGAAUGGCGAUACGUUUUUAAUGGUCAUUGGCGUUGGGAUAUUGGCGAAAGGUGCACGUUCCUUAUUAUCCAAUGUAAUGGCUGGUGGUUUUCUAUUUACUCGAGAGGAUCUCAACGUCACGUAUGACAACGAGCUACUGCAACAGUACAAUUUAAAUAUCAUUUUGAAAAAACGCACAGAACGAGAAACAGUGCUGCUUUUGAGAAAGGCGGAAAGCGCUAUAACGAGACGAGAAGUCAUACGUAUAAACAAUUACGAGUUUUCGUGGAUCGAUAAGCUCAAAUCUGCGAUGGACGCGGACUACGGGACGAAUUCAAGAAUAACACUCGUUGCUGAAGACGACUCUGUUUGCGGUAUAUUAGGGUUUGUAAAUUGUUUGCGAAGGAGCCAGGCGGCGAAUCAGUUAGAUGCGUCUUCAUCCAAGAUAAGGACGCGCCCAAAUUCUCCUUGCAAGAACCUUUUACAUGAAUCAAGGAAUAUCAAAUGUUAUAAUAAACGACCACGUUUGUCUUGGGUUAUUCCCGAUGAAUGGACAUUCGAGGACGCUGCCACUGUUCCGUGUGUUUAUGCCACAAGCUGCUACGCUCUCUACGAGAAAGGGAAGAUGAAGAAAGGAGACAAAGUUCUCAUUCAUUCGGGCACCGGUGGCGUUGGUCAAGCUGCAAUCCACCUGGCGCUUUACGAAGGAUGUGAAGUGUUUACGACAGUCGGGACUUUGGAGAAACGACAAUUCGUUAGAGAAACAUUCCCUUCGAUCCUUGACGAUCAUAUCGGCAAUUCUCGCGACACAAGUUUCGAACAAAUGAUCCUUGAGCAGACACACGGUCAAGGGGUAGAUAUUGUGUUAAAUUCCUUAGCUGAAGAAAAACUUCAGGCGUCUGUUCGAUGUUUGGCGAAAGGCGGACGAUUCUUAGAAAUAGGAAAAUAUGACUUGAUUGCCGAUAAUACCCUAGACAUGAAGAUUUUUGCAAAAGGCAUCAGUUUCCAUUCGAUUAUGUUAGACAAUAUAGUAAAUUCCACCACGAUAAAUAACGAAAUUGUAUAUAAAUAUAUGCUGCAAGGCCUGAAAAACGGCUCGAUAAAACCGCUCCCGAGGAAAGUGUUCGAAAGGACCGAAGUAGAAGCUGCCUUUAGAUACAUGGCAGCUGGCAAGCAUAUAGGAAAGAUCCUGAUAAAGAUACACGAUGAAAACGAGCCAUUAGGUCUUCCUGUUCUCGCUUAUCCACGAUUUUUCUGCAAGCUUCACAAGUCUUACAUCAUUUUAGGCGGCCUAGGCGGCUUCGGUCUGGAAUUAGCCGACUGGCUGAUUCUUCGCGGAGCAAAGAAUCUUCUUCUAACUUCGCGCACUGGGCUGCGAAACGGUUAUCAGCGCUCAAGGAUGGAACUGUGGAGAUCUUACGGGGUGAAUGUGCAAAUUAUCGCGGGUGCUGAUGCGUCCGAUCGCAAGGACUGUGCGUUCAUUUUGAAUUCUGCCGCUGAAAUGGGACCGGUGGAUGCUAUAUUCAAUCUUGGUGUGCUGAAAGACUCGAUUUAUAAGAAUCAAACCGCUGAGUCCUUUAAAGAAUCAUUCAAGCCGAAGGCAAUGGCCACGAAGAUGAUGGACGAGCUAUCCAGAAAGAUGUGUCCUGAUCUCCGGCAUUUUAUCGUCUUUUCGUCCGUCUCGUGUGGCCGAGGAAACGCCGGACAAACAAAUUAUGGUAUGGCCAAUUCUGUCAUGGAGAGGAUAUGUGAGAGGAGAGUACAGGACGGAUUACCUGGGAUGGCUAUACAGUGGGGUGCGGUGGGUGAUGUGGGCCUCGUAGCAGAUAUGCAAGAGGAUAAUAAGGAACUGAUUAUCGGCGGUACUUUGCAACAGAAAAUUCAGUCCUGCCUUGAGUCAUUGGACACUUUUAUGAUACUAAAUCGACCGAUCGUGAGCAGUAUGGUCGUGGCUGAGAAGCGUGCGGAAUUAGGUGGAGUAAUGGAUAUUUUGGAGACCGUAGCUAGUAUCAUGGGAGUGAAAGACGUAAAAACGGUCGGACAUCGCACUCCAUUGUCAGAGAUCGGUAUGGACUCGAUGAUGGCGGUGGAGGUCAAGCAAACGUUGGAGCGAGAAUUUGAUGUUUAUCUCACAGCACAAGACAUUCGAAGUCUCACUUUCGAGAAACUCCACAAUAUCGCCAACAAAGACAAGCGUUUCGAGCAGACUGAAAUAUUCGAUUCGGCAGGUGUAAAAUUUUUGAUUCAUUUAUUGAGCAGUUUAGAUAUCGUACCAGAUGUUUGCUUGGAGAUGACUACAAGAAAUGAGGCGAGCAAAAAGCAAAUAUUUCUUCUACCAGGAAUCGAAGGUUGCGCAAGCAUAUUUAAUUCAUUGGCCUCGAAAAUUAAAAGUCCCGUUACAUGUUUGCAACACGGAGCAAAUAAUAUCCCCAUGAGCGAAUCCGUGCUGCAGUCGGCUGCCACUCUAAUACCUCAUAUAAUAUCGAAGAUAGAGAAUUCCGCAGAAUUCAUAAUAGUUGGGUACUCGUAUGGGUCCUUAAUUGCUAUCGAGGUAAUGAGACUGUUGGAGGCCAGAAAUUUCACAGGAUAUUUAGUAUUAAUCGAUGGCACGCCUGACUAUGUGAAAACUAUGAAAGAACAUCAUUUUUCUUUCACCAAUCUCCAGGAGUUUCAAAACAAUAUUCUCCUAAAUGUUAUGGAUUUAUUUUACUCUAUCAAUAAUACAUCGAUUUUAAUACAAUUGUCCAAGCACGACACGUGGGAGAAGAAGUUGGAUGCUUUUAUCGAAUGUCUCCCAGACGAAAUUAUACAAGCGACUUCGGUUGAAAAUUACAGGAUUUAUUAUACAAUAACAAUUUAUAAGCAUCUGGUCGCUAUUCACGAAUACAAUGCGUCUUUACUGCCGCCACUGAAAUCACAUAUAUUGUUACUAAAACCCACAAUGUCGUAUUUACUUUCUGCAGAUGAAAAUGACGGCUUGAAUAAGAUAACCAAAGGUAACGUACAAGUCCGCUAUGUCGAAGGUAAUCAUCUCACGAUGUUGGAAAGCAAUGAACUUGCUGAUAUUAUUAAUGAAAUAUCGUCUUAAGCAGUUAAGUUUUAUAAUGUUGAAAAGUUCGCGAUUUUGUAAAUCGAAGGAGUUAAGGUGGAAAGUGAACAGGGAUACGCAGACAUUUAUUGUAAACAAAGCAAUGAUAAAAUUUAAUAAACUGGUAUAAACUGAUGUAAGCUUCUGUAUUCUCUUAUAAUUUUUUAUGGUAAAUAUACCGGAAGAGGGAACCUAUCUCCAUUGACCUUAAUUUCUACAUAUAUUUUCAAGAUUACCCUUCUUAAGCGCCUUUCAAAAGGCGCCGAGCCACCUUCUAUCACAUCUCAUAUGUACUGUUUAAUAUAUUUUUAACUUACACUGUGUCAGAAAAACAAGCUCUAUUAA